AUGAAAACACCCUGGUGAGCAAGAGGUGGUGUACUUCUGAACAGACUAUGAGACCAACAAUACGAAAGCCCCCGCGGGAAUAGCCUACAGUCGCUGUCAUGAUCGGCAACUAGAGAAGUCAAGUCCAUUUCAGCGCAGGCCGUUUUCAUAGAGAGACUACUUGUAUUUUGUAGUUUUUAGAUAUUGCAUUUGCUAUAUGCCUAUAAGAGUACUGUAGUGCAUGAGAGUACACCGCCAUCUGUUACCUUAGUGCUGCACAGGCACAAUGAUGAGCUCCGACGCGCUCCGGCCGACACAGAACUCCGGGCGCAAAGCGCUUGGUAAGCUCGCCAACAGGUUAGAAGAAGUGAAGAACCCAUGGCGACAAGGCUCGACGCUCGAACUCAGCCACAAUGAGGCGGCCAGGUUGGCAACAGACGCUCUGCUGGAGUCUGGGGAGAAGGAAUACAGACGAGUUCUGACAGAGGAAAGGGAAUUAAACUUUCUCUCGCCGCUUGAGAUUCAUUAUAUUACCGAGAAUGCAGCCAAGAACUGUAGCUCCGACAACAGCUCAAAUGGCACUGAGGGGGACAUUGGGGAGGGGGAUACGGUGUCGGAGCUUACCUCGGGGACCUAUUUCCCAAUGAUGUCCGACGAAGAGCCACCUAUUCUGGAACUCGGAUGGCCAGAAAACCCUCAAAGAUACGGACCCUCAGAAACACAGAUCUAUUUCCAACGGGACAAGACUCACAACGUGAAAGACCUCAUUCGGUCAUUAAUAAAUAAAGGAAAAAGGGUAAGUCAUUGAAUUUGUAUAUUUAUAUUCAUUUACCUCCAUUUAUUUAAAAGGAAAUGGGGGGGCCAUACAAGCCUUUAAAGUUUCGUUUUGGAACAAGGGGCCUCACCAUACAGUAGCCCCUAGGCUAUACUUUUCUUAGGGUCCUCAAUGUUUCAUACAUUCAUUUCAGCCUGUAAUAUGUCAUGUGUGUGUGUCAUAUUCAUUUGAAGAAAGGGUAGCCUAGUGCAAUAGCAAUACUUUUUACUACAGUGUGUACAGAGGCACACAGGCCUACAGCUCAUGCCUAGUUUGCCUUGGCAAAAAGCCAUGUAGGCUUGUGUUAGAUAACACUUCCUAUGAAUACCCUCUAUCAAAUGCAUUAUAAGCGGAUUUUUAAUGCCUAAUGAGCUCACUCUGCAAUAAUACCUAAUGAGCUCACUCUGCAUAAUGCAUUAUAAUGCACAUCACAGGUGUCUUAGUCAUCUAUUACUACCUUCAUAGAGCAUUAUGACCAACGCUAUAUAAUGCCUUAUAAAGCAAAGUGUUAUAAUGCCCUAUAUGUAAACCUCAAUAAGAGAGCUUUAUGUUGUGCUCAUCAAGGGGUAUAUUCCUCUUUUUUCAAUAGGUUAAAAGGGGGUAUAUUCCCAUUCACCUGUACACCCUCUAAUACACCUAGCUGUCUUGCACACUAAACAUGAUUGCAGAAUCCCCGUUGACAAAAUGUCCAAAUGAGCAUUUCAUAUAGGCAUUAUAAAACUUAGCUUAACACUUCGCCUGCUCAUAAUGAUGUUUAUGAGCAGCUACAAGCACCUUUGGUUGUGCAUUAUAGUUCAUUAUGCAUUGCUCAUAAGGCUUAUAAAUGUGCUUAGAUUGCAUUAUGGAGAGGACAUUCAUAGGAAGUGUUACCAAAUUAUCUUAGCACCAAUAGCACAAUUUCACCAGGUCAAAAUGUGCUACUUGGUGAAUAAAGGUGAUUCUGAUUCAAAAAUGGUAUGAUCGUUUUAAUUAUCGUUCAUAACUGGCUGGUACAAAUACAAAAUACAGAUAUGAUGAACAACAAUUAUUAUAGGCCUAUAGAUACAAUUACCAAAUUGAAAAUAACAGAAUUGUACCCUGUUGUCAAAAAAUUACAUUUUUGAAUUGAUCAACCUUUCCCUGUGUGUGCAGGUCAUAGCGUUGGUCAUGGACCUCUUCACAGACGUUGAUCUGCUCUGUGACUUGAUGGAGGCCUCGAACAAACGCAAGGUCCCUGUGUACAUUCUCCUGGAUGAGAAGAAUCUCAACUACUUUGUUGACAUGUGUGCAGCACUGGACAUCCAGAACUCUCACCUGGGUGUAAGUCAUGGUGGAAGGAUGGGAUGUGGUGGGUGCAUAGGUUGAUGGAUGGAUGGAUGGAUGGAUUGCUGAAUAGGAUGUACUGUGUAUACUCUGUGUAUUUCUCUCUCCCUCUUUUCUCCCCCUCUCUCUCUCCCUCUCUCUCUCUCUCUGUAUUUCUGCUUCGUUCUUUCCCUCUUAUUCUGUGUGCAUGCAUUCAUUAUACAAUGUGCAGUGGUACACCUUUUCUGUGUGAAAACGGAAGAUGGAUUGAUACCAUUUAUUACCUACAAACAUUACAUCAUGAUUGAUUAGAUAUUGUUAAUCUUAUUGGUGUUAUUAUUUCCACAAAAUCUGACAUUUUCAUUGCCUUUCCAGAACAUGAGAAUCCGCAGUGUGUGUGGAGAUACGUACUGCACUAAAAGUGGGAAAAAAUUCACCGGGCAGGUCCAGGAAAAGUUUAUGAUUAUAGACUGUGAGGAAGUCAUUGCUGGGUCAUACAGGUAAGGAUUGUACUCUUGUGUCUUGGGAAAAUAAAUACCAGUUAUUUAUCUAUUCAUUUACAGUAAAUCUAAAGCAUAAUAAGCGGGAACUGAGAAUUCCUAUAUUGCACGGUAUGCUAAACGCUAGCCCUGCUCUGUACAUUGUCUACCAACAUUGGGUGACACUGAAUUAUCUAGGAAGGUGACUCAGGCAAUAAUUGUAAUUUUAGUCAUUAGGUAAACAUCCCAUUCCUAAGUGCUUUGUGCUCUCCCUCACUUGAGCCUUGGUACCUUGUACCGCCAUCCAGAAGCCAAUUGGUCAAACUCUUUGAAGAGUGGCUGAGACAGGUCCUCUAGGAGGAAGAUCACCUUGUGCAGCAAGUGUUUGUCAUGUCAGGCAAGGCUGGGUAGCUGUGAUCCCAUUAGAUAGAGAGCAGACUUUGAUGGUAGUCUGUAAGCAGUUUGUAUUGAUAAAUGGUUUAAUAAAGAAAACGUUAUCACGGCGGCAUCAGGGGGACAUUUUCCACUAUUUUAUAGUUAUAACAGCUAAAUAACCACUGCAUUUUACGUAGUUAGGCUCUAUCUUUGAUGCCGAUUUAAAUGUCUCCCAAAGUGCUUUUAUUUUUGUAAUUUUUUUUGGGGGGGGGGUAGAUCAGCUUUAAUAUUGCCAAUAGAUUGUAGCUUCUAUCAAUGUAAUUGUCUGCAUCAUUCCCAAUCCCCCAUAUAUAUAUAAAAAGAUAGAUAUUUAAAAAAUAUUUUUAUUUUCCUUUAUUAUUUUCCCCUAACCCUACCACCCCUCCCCUAAUUGGAGUAAACAGUGUUUUUCUUGUAAGAUUGAUAGAAGUGGAAGCAUUUGAAACAAGUAAAUAAUACUUAAGCAAGAACUGUAAUUACAAUUACAUGCUCAAUAGCAGGUAAUGAUAUGAGCGGUUAUAAAAUUCAUCCCAGUAAGUUAACAGUUGACCAUUAACAAUUGAAGAAGUGCAUACAUGCACUCAUUCACUACAUUGUAUUGCUCAUUGCUCUUGGCACUUAACCUUAUGCAAAACAUUCAUACACCCUCCAUUUUGAAAAGCAAUGUGUUGGCAGUUUUGUCAACUGCCAACAGAAUUAGCGUCAGUUGAACAAACGUGUUAUUGAGAACCCUCAGGUGUUUUAUGGACAUGAUGAAGACUAGAGGAAUGUGUGUAGAAGUACAGAUGAUUGUGUACUUUGCUUCCUUGGCAUUACACUUUUUAUAUGUCUCACUUCACUUUAUGGGGAUUAUGCAGCUAUGUAUGUUUAGAUUUUGUCUUCAUGUUCAGACAAGAAGAUAGAAGUGUCAGCUGUUUGCUCAGCUGAUUAUGUUUCAUUACUGGGUAGGGAGCAUGUAGGAUGGGCUACAAGGGUUUAACUUGUGAGUGAGUGCGCAAACAAUGAGGUUUGUACGCAUGUGCCAAGCCCUCAGUCAAUGCAAAAGCAUUUACCUGUAGAGUUUACUGGGAAUAUAUCUGUAGUUCCAUUUAAUGUUUAUCUUGAAAUUCAAACAAAACGCCUUAUAAUUGGAAGUGGUAGCUAUUUUGACUUUCAAGCACAUCCGUAUGACAGGCUUUACAACAAUGAAAUCAGUAGUACUUCAAACAUCUUUUAUAUGACACUGCAAAAACAAUUGCUCACAUACAGAGGAACACUGAGAAGCUUUGUACCCAAGUUGUUCUUCUGGUUCAGUAUUCAAAUUUAAUUCAAAGUAAGCCUUUUCAUAUUUGUUUGGUCUUUUGAAAACAUGCUUCCCCUAAAAAACUGUUGAUAACACAGGUGUUAUAAUACAGUAUUAUAAUAUAGGCAUAAUGCAUUAUGAUGUGGUCAUAAUGCAUUAUAAGUAGGGACCUCACGAUAAGUUGCAAGGGACCUCACGAUAUGAUAUUAUCACAAUACUUAAGUGCCAAUACGAUAUGUAUUGCAAUUCUCAUGGUUCUCACGAUUCUAUAUUUAUUGCAAUUGAAUACUGCGAUGUUAUUGUGAUUUGAUGAUUUGAUGUUCUGCGGAGAGACGAGAGAGCAUGAGAAAAUGUGUUUUGAUCAGUCAUGGAAAUAAAAGUGCUAAAAACAUGUUUGCUCACUAUUUAAAAAGAAGAUUGAGAACAAGCUAUAGGAUGAAAAAUACCAGAGUUUUGGCACAGGUACAGCCGACUAACGCUAGCUAACCCUACCUAGCAAUACAGUUACAUAUAUUUUUUAUAUUUGUCAAAUCAAUACUUGGAGUCAAAAUAUCAAUAUAAUAUUGCGAUAUGUAACUGUAUCUAUUUUCCCCCCAUCACUAAUUAUAAGACUUGUCAUAAGUAUCUAUGAACUACUUAUAAUGUAUAAGUGUCAUGUUAAAAUGAAUCAGUUUAAUGUAUUAUAAAUAUACGCCCUAAGUAAAGUGUUACCAAACUGUCUCAUAUUGCUUGCUGCAUGUCAUCUAAAGCUGAUAGAAAGAUUAUAUGUUGGUUUCUCACCAGAAUUAGUUACGAUUUGCACAGGAUGUACUUAUAUAUUUUCCUGGAGGUUUGUAAAUAGUGUGCAAUCCAUUUGUGAGUUUAAAAAGUUUUUAUGCACUACAAGUAAUUUGUUUUUAAGUAGAACAUUACUGGGUAGGGAUGUAUUUACUGUAUGGCAUAUUUAGCCCAUUGUGUACUGUGUACAUUUGUGUACAUACUGUACAACUACUUGUUAUUGAAGAUGUCAUUGUUUUCGAUCAUGUUCCCUUUCCUGUAGUUUCAGCUGGCUCUCGGCGCAGGUCCACAGCAACAUGGUGAUGCACUUCUCUGGGCAGAUCACUGACAGCUUCGACCGAGAAUUCCGCUGCCUGUAUGCUGACUCUCAGAUCAUUGACUGUUUCCAUAACCCCGAUGAGGAGGGUCUCCCUUACUACCCCUACCCUGUUAUGGCGCCCAACAUGGGGCUAGACUUCUUCCCCAAGAGGUCACAGGAUAGGGAGAGGGUUCUGAGUUCAGAGAAUUCCAGCAGCCAAUCCAGUAGCAGCAUGUCCAGCGUCAAGGCAGCACCCAACAUGACCAAUACGGUUUACAAGGUCACUCAAGGUCAAGACAAGAAAGAGCCCAGCAACUCUCACCUGAGCCCUGAGAGGAGAGGAGGGGCACUAACUCCCACCCUUCAUAAUCAGACCGCCCAAGGCACGAGAGGCUCCCCCAAUGGGACCAGUCACAGCCCAGUUACAGAGCGCCCUUCCUCUGGGAUCGGCCAAUCGGUCGGGAUAGAGUGGUCCAAGUCCAUCCCCACGGAGUUCCGCCAACCAAACGUUGGCGGAACCACGUCCAAGUUUCAGGCUCUAGGUUUGUACGACCCCAUGUCGAGCCUCUUCAACAGUAGCCCCAAGACACAGUCUCCAGUGCCAGACAACAAACUCUCUGCCAAGCAGAGGACUCCCUCCAACCCCCUCCUCAACAAGCUCACCGACCUCUUCCUCCCCCCAACCAAGAAAGACCUCCUCCCCCCAACUGAGAAGGACACCUACAUCUUCAAGAGGUCUCCUCCUCACAGCACAGGCUUCGGGGGGCCAGACCUCUCCCAGACAGAGCCGGAGAGCGAGCAGACUCCCCCGCCACCGCCCCCCAUGAUAAAACGGCAGGACCAGAAACGCAUGACCUUAGGCCACAGCAAACUGGACCUGGUCAACCACUACAACAAGAUGAAGUCCAAGCAGGUGUACAGCAGGUUUGAGGUAAAGAAUAACAACUGAGGCUCUGUUGGGAAAGUAUUUUACCUCCCAUACCCCCAUCGCACUGGAUCUCCAGGAAGCAGAGCACACUUUUUAGGGCCGGCCCUGCAUUGAAUGGCUGUGUAUUGUGUUCUUAUUUUUGUGAGUGUCUUUCACUAGCCAGUAUGGUUUUUACUGUAUGAAAUGAGUUGUAAAUAGAGUUAUGCUGUUUUGUAAGAAAUGUGUUUUUACUUUUUACAUAUAUCUAUAAGUAACUUAAUUAAGUUACAGUAAUCUUUUAGAUACUUUCAGAUGAUUUGGACAUGAAAAUGAAAAGGGGGACCUUACAUCAAAAUCUCAUCAUAGUGAGGAUAUUAAUAGUGAGAUGUGCAAAAGCAUUUUCUUUCAAUAUUUGAUUUAUUUCAUUAAAAUAAUAUACCUUAUUUGCUAAAAAAUGUCAAAAUAAAAUGUAUAAAAUAGAUUUUUUCAUACAAUCAUCUUCAGGGGGCAAGUUACCCUAUGGCCAGCUGUGGGGAUGCAAGUUACCCCGAUAGCUGGACAAAAUGCCCCUUUUCUAAAAAAUAUAUUUUGAUUAAAUAACAAAAUAAAAAUCAACU